AUGAUGCAGCAAAUUCUUCAAGAUAUGUACAUCGAGCCAGAACUGCUACAGGAGCUAAAUGAAGAACAGAAGCAGAUUCUCUUCUAUAAGAUCCGUGAGGAGCAGGUGCGCCGCUGGAACGAAAGGGAGAGCAGAGUUCCCAGUCCAAAAAAAAGGAGUGACCGUAGAGGCAUUCAGUGGCUGUUGGGCUCUGAUGGCGACGUGUGGGUCUGGGUCAUGGGGGAGGCCAAAGGAGACAAGCCCUACAAUGACAUUGUAGAAGAGCUGAUGGAGGAAAGGGCCAGGAAGCAGGCCCAGCGUGAGGCAAAGGAGCUCUGGCGUAUGAAGGAAGCCGAGAUUGAAAAGAAGUUUCGGGAUGCCAUGGCAAAGGAGAAGGCUCGGUUUGUCGCUGAGAAAUGGAGGGAGGAGACAGAUGAUAGAAGGGCAGCCAAGCAAGAGGAGGAGGAAGAGGAUCGUAUUCGAGAGGAGCUGAAGAAAUGUGAGCAGGAGGAGAGACAGAGAGGUGAGGAGGAAAUCCGAAAAACAGAGGAAAAGCGAGCGAAGGAACUGUACAUCUCUCUGAAGCAGGAAGAAAAGAGAAGCGAAAGGGAUGACAAGGAAUGGCAGGAACAAUUGCGCCGCUCCAAAGCGGCUGAUGAGGAGAUGAAGUGUAAGGCUCGCCGCGCUAGAGAUGAGUACAAACGCCAGUCCCUGCGCGCCAUCGAGAAAGGCCUUGUGGCUGGAAUAAGUGGACUGUUCCAGAAGACGCAUCUGAACGGCUCGACUCAGAACCGGCGCCAUAGUGAUGUCAUUGAUCGGCCAUCAACUACUCCAUCCGAUGCUAGCCAAUCACAUCCUGCUGUUCCAAGUGCAGUCGCCCCUGUCCACCCAGUGUGGAUUCGGCCACCUAGGCCAACAUCUCGUGAAUCCAUCAUACGCUGGUUUAAAGAGGAACAAAAGCCCAGAAGAGCCGGCUAUGAGAGGAGCAGAGAUACCAUUUCCCCUUGGUUCUAUGGGAUCAUCUCUCGGCAAGAGUCUGAGUCCUUGCUAAUGAAUGCUUCUGAAGGCUGUUUCCUAGUCAGAGUGAGUGAAAGGAUCUGGGGAUACACGCUGUCCUACCGGACAGCCUCUGGCUUCAAACACUUUCUCAUCGAUGCCUCGGGUGAUUACUACAGCUUCCUUGGAGUGGACCAAAACCGCCAUGCUACUUUAGCUGACCUCAUCGACUUCCAUAAGGAGGAGGUGAUAACCACAUCUGGAGGAGAACUGCUGCUGGACUCUUGCAAGCUCAGAGGCUCUACGCCAGAUUAUGGAGGACUCUUUCAGUGA